CGCACGGGCUCUGUGAGAGGAGGGCUCGGCCGGUUGCCGGGAAGGAGCUUGUACUGCUGCAUCAUGGCGUCCGUGGGGACCCUCGCCUUCGACGAGUAUGGGCGCCCCUUCCUCAUCAUCAAGGACCAGGACCGCAAGUCCCGGCUCAUGGGGCUGGAGGCCCUCAAGUCUCACAUAAUGGCGGCCAAGGCUGUGGCGAAUACGAUGAGAUCAUCUCUGGGACCUAAUGGGCUCGACAAGAUGAUGGUGGACAAGGACGGUGAUGUGACGGUGACGAACGAUGGGGCCACCAUCCUCAGCAUGAUGGACGUCGACCACCAGAUCGCCAAGCUGAUGGUGGAGCUGUCCAAGUCGCAGGACGAUGAAAUUGGAGAUGGCACCACUGGCGUGGUUGUGCUGGCCGGGGCCCUGCUGGAGGAAGCCGAGCAGCUGCUGGACCGUGGCAUCCACCCCAUCAGGAUUGCCGACGGCUAUGAGCAGGCCGCCCGCAUUGCCAUCGAGCACCUGGACCACAUCAGUGACCGCAUCCCAGUCGACAUGCUGAGCACAGAGCCCCUGAUCCAGACCGCCAAGACAACGCUGGGCUCCAAGGUGGUGAACAGCUGCCACCAGCAGAUGGCGGAGAUCGCGGUGGACGCCGUCCUCACAGUGGCCGACAUGCAGCGCAGAGACGUGGACUUUGAGCUGGUCAAGGUGGAAGGCAAGGUGGGCGGGCGACUGGAGGACACGAAGCUCAUCAAGGGUGUCGUCGUGGACAAGGACUUCAGUCACCCCCAGAUGCCCAAGAGGGUAGAGAACGCCAAGAUCGCCAUUCUCACGUGUCCCUUUGAGCCGCCCAAACCGAAGACAAAGCACAAGCUGGACGUGACCUCAGUGGACGACUACAGGGCCCUGCAGAAGUAUGAGAAGGAGAAGUUCCAGCAGAUGAUCCAGCAGAUUAAAGAGACCGGGGCAAACCUGGCCAUCUGCCAGUGGGGCUUUGAUGACGAGGCCAACCACCUGCUGCUCCAGAACAACCUGCCUGCAGUCCGCUGGGUCGGGGGCCCUGAGAUCGAGCUGAUCGCCAUUGCCACUGGGGGGCGCAUCGUGCCGCGGUUCUCGGAACUGACGCCCCAGAAGCUGGGCUUCGCAGGGCUGGUGAAGGAGAUCUCCUUCGGGACCACCAAGGACAAGAUGCUGGUCAUCGAGCAGUGCAAGAACUCCCGGGCCGUCACCAUCUUCAUUCGCGGGGGGAACAAGAUGAUCAUCGAGGAGGCCAAGCGCUCCCUCCACGACGCCCUGUGUGUUAUCCGGAACCUGAUCCGCGACAACCGCAUCGUGUAUGGAGGCGGCGCCGCCGAGAUCUCCUGCGCGCUUGCCGUCAGCCAGGAAGCCGACAAGUGCCCAACCCUGGAACAGUAUGCCAUGCGGGCAUUUGCCGACGCACUGGAGGUCAUCCCCAUGGCCCUGUCGGAGAACAGCGGCCUGAACCCCAUCCAGACGAUGACCGAGGUACGCGCCCGGCAGGUGAAGGAGGCCAACUCAGCACUCGGCAUCGACUGUCUGCACAAGGGCACCAACGACAUGAAGCAGCAGCACGUCAUCGAGACUCUGAUCGGAAAGAAGCAGCAGAUCUCGCUGGCCACGCAGAUGGUGCGCAUGAUCCUGAAGAUCGACGACAUCCGCAAGCCUGGGGAGUCCGAGGAGUGAGGCCUCCUCCCCACUGUGUGCCCCACUCUCUGACCUCCCACAGCGGAGGCACACCAGCCCUGUCUUUUCUAUUUGUUACAUUAAAGUUCCUCAAACUCGG